CUGGUCAUGCAACCUGUUAUACGUAUACCACUGUGGACCAAAGAUUCUUGAUUCCACAUCUAGAGUCUAGAUCUAGAUCUACAUAGAUCUAGAUAUUAUAGACAAUAUAGAUAGAUCUAGACCAAGAUCUAGAAAUAAUCUAGAUCUAUCAACCGGUAACUAGAUCUAGAUCUAUAAGAAUGUCAUUUCCUAAAAAUAUAAAAAUGUUUUUAGUUUCUGUCACUGUGUUACCCCAGAAAGAAGGAAUUGAUCUUCCAAGGUUUAUUCAAAAGCUUGCUAAUCUUUUAGCAGAUUAUUCAACUGCAACCAGGGUUUUGUAUAAAUUCAAAGUCUCUGGGGAAAGUAAAAUAUUGUCUGUUAUACAAGUAUUCAAUAUUAUCGGUCUUGAACGAACAAUAGGGGGACUUUGGAGGCUUGGGGCUGUUGAUGUGGAUUGUCAACCAAUUGUCAGCUAUGAAAACUUUGCCCGCACCAUUAAAGUUUCUGAACAUUUAACAAAACCUAAUUCAAGUGGAUUAGCCAAAGAAGGACUUUACUGGCUUGAAUUUGAUGUUGAAUAUAAUGGUAAGAGUACAGAUGAACUUAUAACAAUCUGGAGAAAGGAAGCUGAAGCUGUUUUAACAGCGAGGCACAAAGAGGGAACAUCUAUAGAACUUUAUAAAGCUGUUGCCCAAAGAAAGGUCCAUGUGUUCAUUAAUGCUGCAGAUCCUGAACAAGUUGAUCUCCUAUCUCUACAGUUGCCAAUAAUGCAGGAAAAUGGUUCCAAUGUCCAGCUGAAGUGUAAAGCUUUACAGUUCUUAGAAGAUUAUACAGCUCGUAUAACUAGUGAUUCAAUUUAAUUGACUUAUAUUAUCAUUGUAUAAAAUGUGUAUCAUAUAUUUCAGAUUAUUAUCACUGUUUUAGUGGCAAUGACAUUUUUUAAUUUAAAAACUUAUUCUGUUUCUUAAUGAAAAGUUUAGAAAUUCAUUUCACUCUUCAAUGAACCUUAAAUAAAGUGAUAAUGUUGGAAGUUAUUGGAUGGCUAACAUCAUGUCAUCUACCUGACACUUGGAAAUACCCUUUCAUUGUACUGUUAGUUUAAAAGAUGCUUGUGUGAUAAAAAGAUCUUUUAGUUAUAACAUGUUUUUUUUAAUUAACAAAAUCUCUGACGAAAAUCUCUUGCAAAUAUUUUCUUUUUUUUUUUUCUUAAAUUUUGUAUUUGGCCAUUUUUAUUUACUUAUUCUGAUGAACUAGCAGUUGUUAUUGUUUAUAUUUUUGACAUUUGCUAGAUUCAUUAUAUACAAAAUAUUAACAUAGAAAAAAAUUUUGACAUUUAAAUUUUCUUUGUGUGCAUUGAGAAAACCAGUACAAAAAAAGAAAUGUCUACAAACACAUUAUUGAUAUUUCUCUUACUUUAUUCAAGUAUGGUAAUUGUUAUUUUUGUCUUAGUCAAUGUUUGUCAAAUAGCUUAGACAAAUAACUAACUUGAGAAUUUAAGUUUAAUUGUUAUUUAGUUUUGUUUCAUUUCUCUUAAUUAUUUUUGUGUUAAUUUGUUUUUGAAAUUAUGAAAUUCCAUAGAAUUAUUUAACAAGAUGACAAUUACAUUUUAAUUUUUACAUUUUGUUUGGGUUGUGAUUUGCCCCAAAUCUUACUGGAAAGACAAAUUUACACUUCAUAUAUAAGUUAAAAAAAAAUAGUUUUGAUGCUUGAUUGCACAUUACGUUAUCUUAAAUAGGGUGUAAUGAACAUGUGUAAAUAUAUAUAUUCUAUACCAAUGUAUUUUAUUAACUGAUAUUGUCAGUCUUUGUCUAUUUUUUAUUAAAAAGAUUUGAUUUUA